AUGCGCAAGUCGACGAUUAGGGCUAAUGGCGGUGCAGACAAAACCAGCUUUACUCCAUCGCCCAAAGUCCCUUAUGAGCAGUAUAGUUUUCUUUCCGCUCGAGGGUUAAAAUCACUUCGAUUUGAGGAACAGUCUUUUCUCGAGAGUUCCGGCUGUCUACAUCUCUUCGAAAAAGAUCUGCUCGAUGCAUUUUUUGUCCCUGUCGAUGUGCUCAGGGAAUGUGGCUUCUCGUCCUUUCUAUCAGCACGAGAUAUUCUACACUCCUAUGCAAAGUUGGUCUACGAUUUUCACGUAGAGACCGAUCCAUGCGUCAUCAGCCAAUCCGCAUUGCUGCUGUCGUAUCAUGCUUCUAGCUCUGAUCAGCUCUCUAACACCAUGUGGCUUUCUAUUGCAAUAGCACACGCUAGAGCGGAUGACUGCCACGAAUUUCAUUGCUUGCCAUUAUCAGAUGCAGCAACAAAAAAUCGCCGGAAACGCUUAUGGUGGUGCUGUAUCCUACGGGAUCGAAACCUAUCUAUGGGUCUGCGGCGUCCAUUACAAAUCUCCUCGUAUGAUUUCAAUUUCAGCCAGCCAUGCUUGACGAAAGAGGACUUUGAAGCCGAAAUUAACGAUCCGAUGUUUUAUUCUUCAGAUAUCAGGACCGAGCAGUGUGAAAUGCUUACCAAAUACUGUCACUUAGCUGUGGCCUUGACUCGCUUGGCAAUGAUCAUUUAUCCCUCCGCUGGACUUAGUCAAUACCGGUUUGAUUCUCGAACUCGACUAGCAGAACAUCUGCGCGGUCUAUAUGACGCUAAAUUGGCGUUUGACCGGUUAAAGGAAGGUUUUAUGCUUCUCCAAGACUGGACGCCAGCUUCCGUAGACUCUAAUCAUUCUAGAUGCGAAUACCAUACCGGGGAAGAGGAGAUAAACCUUUUACAUACCUGUAAAGUCGACCUCGAAGUUGCCGUCUCGCAUAUAUCAACGGAAGUUGAGCGAUUGAGUGUGAAUGGAUCCGCCAAAUAUCUCCCUAUCAAUUCCGUUGCCUACAUUAUUGUUCCUCAAAUCCUUCUAAGUCUGAAUACACGGCUUCCCACAACGUCAGACGAGAAAGUCGAGUCCGAACGCUCAUUGUCAUAUUUUGUGGAUGUUGGAUGUUUAUACAGAGUUCGCUACGAUACCCGGCACAUAACAACGUGCAUAGAAAAAGUGCUCCAUACUUUCGAGCUUUAUCAGCUACAACACCAGAAAAAAGGCUUGACUACAAUAGCCGAAAAGGAAACAUCCCUACAGUCGUUUUGUGAUGUGUUUAUUCAUCAACCAGAUACUUAUGUUUAUAUAUCCGCAAUCUUGGACUAUUCGCUCGCGACGGGGAAAAUGCCCACCGACGAUGAUAGCCCUAUUCCGUACGUGAAGGAGCUCAAAUCUCCGAGGAGCCCCUCCAAAGCCGAAUCGACCCCAUUGCCCAAUUACGAGGCUGAAGCACAAGAGUGUGUUUCUCUGGAAGAACUAAUGACUAGUUUUGAUUUUGAAAAUAGCACAGAGCAUGAUGGCACUGAUUCUUUCAGAGCUUGGUCAGAUCAUGACUUUUUAAAACACUUUGAGAUGACGUCUGCAACCAACAUGCUAGAUGGCAUCGGUUUCUUAGGAGAAUGA